AUGAGUAGUAUUUGGUUUAUACAAAAACAAAGAGAUAGUCGAUUGAAUGAAAUACAGAUUACUGUAACAAAUAGUGAUUUAUUAAACCAAAACACAAAUAAUUUGAACUCCAGUUCUCUAUAUUCAAGUUAUUCAUCCAAUUAUAACGAUUCCAAUAAAUACGAUGAAAUCAAUUCAAUGAAUUUACACGAAAAUGAAUUAUACGAAUCUGACAAUUAUUGGAGAGAUGAGUUUGACGGCCAAUAUCUUAAUGAAAAGAAAUGGGAUGUAUAUAUAGGUAAUUAUAAUCAUUUAGGAUUAUUUUCCGGUCAAAUAAGUUUGUAUUCAAACAAUGAUAAAAAUAUUCAGCUUUUCAACGGAAAGCUGGCGCUGACAGCAAUCAGAGAGUCGUAUAAUAAUAUUAAUAAUACCGUUCAGUAUAACAACUAUACGAGUGCUCUGAUUGUAUCAAAAGAGUUAGUAGACUUGGAUACGAUUGAAACCCGACUGGCCGUACCUAAUGGUAUUGCAGUGAUAGUAGACAACAUGGCUCACUCGGGAAACAGUAGAAAGACUGAUACCGAUGCCAAACAGUGGCUCAAUCCGACUACCUGUUCGACAUUUGUUGUGGACUAUGUCCGAGCAUUUAACAGUAAAAUAAUCGGUAAUUAUAACCGACAUAAAGCACCUAAUAGUGUAGGACAAGAAAAAUAUCGGUGUCGGCCAUUGGAUUCCCGGCUAAAUGUUAUUUCCGUAAUGAAUAACGAUUUGCUUAACAAACAAAACAAUGGCAAACAAUCAAAAUUGUGUUCACUUUAUUAUUCGCGUUAUUCAAAUCAAUUCAAUUAUAAUGAUGAGGAAGAAAACGAAAAAUAUGAUGAAAUCUCAUCCGUUUUUAUGGUCAAUGAAAAUGAUUUAUACGAAUCAGACAGCAAUUAUUGUACACUACAUAGUAGUUCAUAA